AUGCCCGAUCCGACCACCUGUAUCGGUAGAUGCAACACGGUAUCUGAUGUUAGCGACUCGGAUAAAUUCACCGAUAUAUAUACCUACCGCCUAUUUUGUCAGAAGGCCUGUGCAGCGGAUGACAACGAGAUCCGAGAUAUGCGAGGGUGUGAGGAAUUCUGCCUCAAACUAUGUUUCAAGGACAGUAUUGUUGAGGAUACCAACGCUAAUAUCAACUAUGUGGUGCUCGACAGAUCUCCGGGAUCACCAGGAAACUCAGCGAAGUGUAUGGAGAUAUGCACCGCUGGGUGCGG